UUGAACGAGUGUGCGAAUAACUUAACCACCCACAAAUAAGUUGUAAAUCCUUUUACACACACAAUUUUCAUUACGUUCUAUCGAUUUCUGAUAUUUGUGUUUAUUUCCACUUCCUAUUUAGUUUUGUUCGAAUGCUUACUUUUGGAUAUUUGAGAGACAAUUAAAUAUUUUAUAAUGGGGAGCAGAUUGACAGAAAAAGAAAUUAUUGAUUUGAAGGACGCGUUCGCGAUUUUUGACAAGAACAAUGAUGGGUACAUCAAGAAGGCGGAGAUGAAAGACAUUCUUAUUUCACUAGGAAAAGAUGGAACGAACGAGCAAAUUGAACGAGUUAUUGCUGAAUUCGACACUGACGGUGAUGGAGUAAUAAACUUCCCCGAAUUUUUAAAUAUGAUGGCUAAAAACUUCACUGAUGGGGGUAUGGCAUCUGAAGGUCCGUUAGAACAUAUGUUUAAAAUAUUUGAUAGAGAUAAUGAUGGAUUUAUAACACGUGCAGAGAUGAAAAGAGCUCUUGACGAGAUGUCCGACGAACCAGUCCAUCAUUCUGAGAUAGACGGGAUGAUGCAAGAAGCAGACCAAGAUGGUGAUGACAAGAUUUCCUUCCAAGAAUUUGUUGACCAGAUGAAAAAGACUCACCCAAAACAAUACCAGCAGUACUCUUAACAUACUUGUGUCGUCUACUUACAUAUCACCUGUCGAUCUUGAAGGGAGUGAUUUCUGUGAAAUCGUCUGGCUAGCUGUGAUCUCUUGAUAAUACUGAUGUGUUGCAUGUAUUGAUACUUUUAGAAAUUAACAAAAAUAUGUAUACAAAUUGUUUAUAUCGUAUAACAUAUUUUCUCAAAUGAAUAAUUGAUACCCGUUGUCCUUCUUGUUUUUAACUUUGAUCAGUUAAAUACAUGUAGAGCUUUGUACGCGUUGAUCGAGACAUACAGUAUAACCUCUGCAGAGCGACCUCAUUUUGGAGGCAAAUAUUUUUGUUGUUGGCGAGAGGUGUUGCUGUUGAGAGGUAAAAUCAUUUCGUGAAGUCUUUAUUUGGUAAAUUGAAACUGUUGUAAAGACGCAGUUGGUGUACAGAGGGUCGUUCUGUGGAGGUGGCACUGUAUUUAUUAAAAUAAAUUAAUCAUCAAUUUAAAGUAAUUCAUACUAUUUUGUCUAUCUAUAAAUCGUAGAUCUAUUCCUUAAAGAUAAUGAUUUAUUUAGAUAAAAUGAAAACUAUCUAUUAUAUAUGCCUUCCGUUUAAAUGCAUUACUCUUUUUGGAUGAAAUCUUCUUUUUUUUUCUUCUUUUUGAACCGACAAUGACAAAAUAAGCUUGUUUUUGUAUACCGGUGAUAUUUAUACAGCAAUUAUGAACUGUCUUUAAGCCAUCAUGAACUGUCUUUAGAUAGCAAACAUGAACUUUCUUUCAUCAUUUUCAUCGUUAUUUUAUAUUUUAACUUAUGUACAUGACUAGUUUAUGCAGCUUUGUUCACCCACACCCUGUUUUAUUUGUAAAAUUUUGCCAGUUAUUCACAAAAUAUUUGUAAUUUUUGUAAUAUGAAAAAGAUUGAAAACGAAUAUCAUUUUUACAAGUAUUCCCGCAUUAUCUCUCCUUAAUAUGUAUAAUAGACUUGCUCUUCUUUAAUCAAUUGUGAAACUAUGUAUUGUUCAGUCUUCCAAAGAAUUAAAAUAUCUUAAAGAUAGAAUUAAGCAUUCUACACAUAUAUAUAUAGCCAGUUUCGUUGGCAGAGAAAUUUGUUUGUUUUUUGUUUGUUUGCUUAUUUGUUUUGUGGGUUUUUUUAUUGUUUUGUUGUUGGUUUUUGUGGGCGGUGGCGGGGGGUGUCACUUAUGUUAUAAAAGUGGAGUUAGUUGUUUGGUGUGCCAUAACAUACUGUUUAGCUUUGUUAAGUGUUCCACUCCACUGAGGUCUAAAAACAAUAACAUAUGAAUUUCAUACAUAUAUGAACUGGAGCACGUAAAACAAAAUUACAUUGUAUAUGCAAAAGAUAGUAAUAUAAAGAAAUAUACUAACAAUAAAGUUGAAAAUCAUGUUUAGUGCGACUAUUAGCCCGAUUCGAAUCGGGAACGUUUUUAGUCAUUCUUUACAUUUUUGAAAUAAGUAUUUCGUGGAAAUAAAGCAGGCGAAUGAUUUGAGAUUUUGCAUACAAGUUAUUAGCUCAGACCUUAUUUGGUACAUAAAUCUCUAAAAAAACAAAUUCCAUUCCCGUGAUGUCAAAACAACCUCAGUGGAAUCCCUCUAAUUAAACCUUAGAUCACAUCGAUGCAUUGGGACAUCACUUGUUUGUUUAUUUGUUGAUAAAUUGAUUGAUUGAUUGAUUGAUUGAUUGAUUGAUUGAUUGAUUGAUUGAUUUCGCGCCACACCAAAUAUCAAAAAUGCACUUGUCCAUUUUUCAAUCUGGACAAAACCAUUCAUGAUUUUGGGGGACAUUUUCAAAAAUAAACUGAUAAGGGAACAAUGUCGACCAUUAUAUGAUCAUGGUCUGCACUUGUCAAAUUGGUAGUAUCUGUUUCUGCAAGCAGACUAAAGGUUA